UCAUCCAAAUAAAAAUAAAUUAAAUUGUUUAUAAUUAUAAAGGCAUCAGUGGCAAUUUACUUUAGACUGAAAAAACUCUUAUCUUCAUUGUUGACAUUAUUAUUUAUAGGAUUCAAGUUAGAGAGGGUGUGUUGUUGUUAAAAAUGUAAAAAUAAACUAUAGAAAUCAUGGUUUCGUUAUUUGAAAACUACGAGCAACAAUAUUCUUGUUUAACUGCCGAUAUUACUGCCCAAAUAGGUCAGCUAUCAGCUUCAGCUUCAAAAGACCGUAGACAGCUUAUUUCAAAAAUAGAAAAGCAUGUUGAGGAAGCACAAGAACUGUUGGAGCAAAUGGACUUGGAAGUCCGAGAAGUGGAACCCACCAAAAAGCAAAGGUGCAGAACCAAACUGGAUUGUUACAGGGCUGAACUAAAAAGACUUACUUUGGAAUACAUUAAGGCAAGAACAGUCAAACAAGAGUCUUUGUAUGACAGUGCUGAAGAUAUUGAUGUUAGGAUAUCAUUUAAUCAAAACCAAAGGCUACUAGACAAUUCUGAAACCCUUGAAAGGGCUGGCAGAAAACUAAACGAAGGCUACAGGGUUGUUGUAGAAACUGAGGAAAUUGGGAACCAUGUAAUGAAGAAUUUGGCAGAGCAAAGAGAGACAAUACAGAGGUCUAGAAAUAGGUUGAGGGAAACUGACCAAGAAAUCAGCAGAUCAGCCAGAAUUCUAAACACAAUGAUGAUGAGGUCACUACAGCAAAAAGUCAUAAUGUUUGCUGUAGCAAUUUCCUUUGUCGCCUUGAUUUGUUUAGGGAUUUAUUUAGGUUUUAAAAGUUAGGCACCAAAAUCAGGUAUUAAUCUAGUCAUAUGUGAAACUGCAAUUAUUUUUGGUGCUUUUUGUGUUUAUUGGAUAUAAUUGUGUUGUUAACUUUAUUGCAUUCCCAUUUAACACUAGGUUUUCUAGUUUUAGUAGGCUGUAAAAUAUUGUAUUAUUUAUUUUAAAUAGAAGACAAUUUGUUAAACUUUGA